GCUCGGUAAUGGCGGCUGGGAAGGCGGCGGCGGAGAGCGGCGGGUGAGAGCGGGCGAGCGGCCCCGGGGGCAGGAGACACUGAUACCGGCACUGUGACUGAGUGAGAGCCCGGGGACGCCAUGGGAAACUGCCUGAAGUCCCCCACCUCGGACGAUAUCUCCCUCCUGCACGAAUCCCAGUCAGACCGGGCCAGCUACGGCGACGGCAACGACGGGGACCACGAGCCACCGCCCCCCUACCAGGAACAGGCCCCAGUACCAGUGUACCACCCAACUCCUAGUCAGACUCGCCUAGCAACACAGCUGACUGAAGAGGAGCAAAUCAGAAUAGCUCAAAGAAUAGGUCUCAUACAGCAUCUGCCUAAAGGAGUGUAUGAUCCCGGCCGAGACGGAUCCGAGAAAAAGAUCAGAGAGUGCGUGAUCUGUAUGAUGGACUUUGUGUAUGGCGACCCGAUACGAUUUCUGCCCUGCAUGCAUAUUUACCAUAUGGACUGUAUAGACGACUGGCUGAUGAGAUCUUUUACUUGCCCUUCCUGUAUGGAACCAGUGGAUGCCGCACUUCUCUCAUCCUACGAGACUAACUGAGAACCUGUGGACUCCAUGCACAGGCCAUGGCUGCUGACGGUUCUCUUUCCUUUGUCUCUGAGCCCAAAGAACCACAGCAUAGGGAUUAGGAGGACACACAAGUUCCUACACCUUUAUCAGCCGGCAGUGUAGAAAAUUUAGGUUACAAUAGACGGAAAGGAAACCUAGGAGGAAUGUAACUGAAUACUCAGCCCGGGGUAUUAAAUCAGCAGCUCCUACUCACUGGAUAGCAGUCUGUACCUUUGCAUUUUGACAUGUGCACAGGAUUAAAUCCUCUCUAUCUGUGUUCACGUAUGUGUCCUGUCCGUCCACUGCCUUAUUUCCACAGACACUCACCACCGUCUCUUUGCCACCCCAUGUCACGUAGUGAUCUGUCUUUUUGUUCCUAGUGGAUUUGUGACAGUCCGUGUCUAUAUUUGUGGGAGUGGACACUAUAAAACCAUCGCUGUGGAAAUUUCUUUCCAAGGACACUUGUACUGGAAACGGCAGGCUGUACGCAGCACCGCGAUAUGUUGCCGCAAGCUGUAUUCCGUGAGAACAUUAAGGAAAGGAGAUGCUGCUAUAAGCACAGAAUGGCAGUCAGAACGUCUGUCUUUUCCGAUAUGCAGUCAUAUGUUAAACCUAUUGUGAUUUCUGCUGCAGGUUCUAUGUUUCCUUCCUCAAAGAAAAACAAAAAGAACGUUCCCAGACACAUUCGAUCAGUGCACUUCUGUGCCAAAGGAGUCUGCGAUGAAACCGUAGCCUCGCUAGAGGUUUUACUUUUCACGUUUUAGGAAACUGGCACACAAGUAGAUUUAACCCCUCUGCUCCUGCAGGUGUCCAGACUGGGCUCCUGGCCCCUCUCACAGAGGUGGAUUCUUUGCACCUUUUAUUAUUAAAAUAAUAAUUAUUAUUAUUGAUAUUAUAUAAUUAUUCUUUCCAUUGGAAAUGGAAUUUCAUGGCCUUAGGUCUCUGCAAAGCGAACUUUUUGCAGGACAGGCUCCUUACCAUUUGUGUAAGAAUUGUGGUCAGAGAGCUAUGUUGUGUUUGCAGGUUAAAAUCAUGCAAUAUCUCAACGUGAUCCAUUAACCAAACAUGAACUGCUCUGUAAAACCGUGUGUUCAAAGCGAGGAAACACAAAGAAUGCGUACUUGUUUGUUUGUGUAUGGUAACCCCUUCACUGCCACAGCUUCUUGUUCAUUGAGUGCAGGGUAGUUUGGCUUUGAAGGGGUUAACUAACAUUUCUUUUAUGUCUAUAUAAUCACUACAGUAUGUGUUAUUUUUGUUAUAUUUUUUUUCUUUUUGUGUAUACACAAGUUGUAUUUUCAGCAAUCCUUCAAUAUGGUUCUGCUAGCUCAGCACCACAAUAAAGCUGUGUAUUCCUGAGGUUUAA